UUGCCGGAAGUGGCAGAGGCCGGGAGCCCGCCGCUCUGGAGGCGGCGGCAGUUGUGGGGCUGUGCUGGUGGGCCCCGGACGGUGCGGUGAGGGCCGGAGGAGGAGGAAGAGGAGGAAGAGGAGGGGACGGCGGCCCCGGGCAAGCGAGGCCUGGGCUGCCCAUGGAGAGCGGCGGGGCGAGCCGUGGCUGGUGAAGCUGGACGCUCAUGGAGCCUCCGGAGGAGCCGCUCCGACCUGUGAUCUACACCAUGGAGAAUAAGCCCAUCGUCACCUGUGCUGGAGAUCAAACUUUAUUUGCUUCUGUCUAUCCAACACUAUCCCAACAGCUUCCAAGAGAACCUAUGGAAUGGAGAAGGUCCUAUGGCCGUGCUCCAAAGAUGAUUCACUUAGAAUCUAAUUUUGUUCAAUUCAAAGAGGAGUUGCUUCCGAAAGAAGGAAACAAAGCCCUUCUUACCUUCCCCUUCCUUCACAUUUAUUGGACAGAAUGUUGUGACACUGAAGUAUAUAAAGCUACAUUAAAAGAUGACAUCACCAAGUGGCAGAAUGUUCUGAAAGCUCACAGCUCUGUGGAUUGGUUAAUAGUGGUAGUUGAAAGUGAUGCCAAGAAAAAAAAUAAAACCAACAUCCUUCCACGCACAUCCAUUGUAGACAAAAUAAGGAAUGAUUUUUGUAAUAAACAGAGUGACAGGUGUGUGGUUCUCUGUGACCCAUUGAAGGAUUCUUCCCGUACUCAGGAAUCCUGGAAUGCCUUCCUGACCAAACUCAGGACUUUGCUUCUUAUGUCUUUUACCAAAAACUUAGGCAAAUUUGAAGAUGAUAUGAGAACAUUGAGGGAGAAGAGGACUGAACCAGGAUGGAGUUUUUGUGACUAUUUCAUGGUUCAGGAAGAACUUGCCUUUGUCUUUGAGAUGCUACAGCAGUUUGAAGAUGCCUUGGUACAAUAUGAUGAAUUGGAUGCACUAUUCUCUCAAUAUGUUGUCAACUUUGGUGCAGGUGAUGGUGCAAACUGGCUGACUUUUUUCUGUCAAUCAGUGAAGAGCUGGAAUGGAUUGAUUCUCCGAAAGCCAAUAGAUAUGGAAAAACGGGAGCUGAUACAGAGUCAAGAAGCUACGCUGUUAGAUCUUCGAAGUUACCUGUUUUCUCGACAAUGCACAUUGCUCAUCUUUUUACAGAGACCAUGGGAAGUAUCUCAGCGUGCACUAGAACUCCUUCACAAUUGUGUGCAAGAGCUCAAGCUACUAGAAGUUUCUGUUCCUCCUGGAGCUUUGGACUGCUGGGUCUUUUUGAGCUGUUUGGAGGUGUUGCAGAGGAUAGAAGGUUGCUGUGAUCGUGCACAAAUUGAUUCCAAUAUUUCCCACACUGUUGGCUUGUGGAGUUAUGCCACAGAAAAGCUAAAAUCCUUGGGAUAUCUCUGUGGACUUGUGUCAGAAAAUGGACCCAAUUCAGAGGAUCUUAAUAGGACAGUUGAUCUUUUGGCAGGUUUGGGAGCUGAACGGCCAGAAACAGCCAAAACUGCACAGAGUCCAUAUAAGAAACUCAAGGAGGCCUUGUCAUCGGUAGAAGCUUUUGAGAAACAUUACUUAGAUCUAUCUCAUGCUACCAUUGAAAUGUAUACAAGUAUUGGAAGAAUUCGAUCAGCCAAGCUCGUUGGAAAAGAUUUGGCAGAGUUUUAUAUGAGGAAAAAGUCUCCCCAAAAAGCAGAGGUCUACCUUCAAAAUGCAUUAAAGAAUUACGUGGCUGAGGGUUGGGCAUUGCCUAUCACACAUACAAGAAAGCAGUUAGCAGAAUGUCAAAAACAUCUUGGACAAAUUGAAAACUACCUUCAGACAAGCAGCCUUUUAGCCAGUGAUAGUCACUUAACAGAAGAUGAACGUAAACAUUUUUGCCAAGAAAUACUCAACUUUGCCAACCAGCAAAAAGAAAGUCCAGGUCUCAAAGUAAUACUGUCUAUGCAUUCCUUCGCACAACUAAAACAUCUUCACUUUGAUCCUUCAAAUGCUCUUGUCCACGUGGGAGGAACUUUGUCUAUUGAAAUUACCUUGUUAAGCCAAAUGCCUGUCUCAGUCCAAGUAGAACAGAUUGCCAUCAGUGUUCACUUCAGCAUUGAGAAAAAUAGCUACCGUAAGACUGCUGAGUGGCUUACCAAGCACAAGACAUCCAAUGGCAUUAUCAGUUUUCCAAAUGAGAAUUCAAGUGUUCCUUUCUCCAGAAGUAAUUCACCUGCCCUGGAAUUAUAUGAGAUGUAUGAGAGGAGCCCCUCAGAUAACUCCUUGAACACGACAGGGAUCAUUUGUAAAAAUGUUCACAUGCUACUACGAAGGCAAGAAAGCAGCUCCUCUCUGGAAAUUCCUUCAGGUGUGACUCUAGAGGAUGGGGCACACAUAUUAAAAUGUAGCAAUGUCACUCUGGACCCAGGGGUCAAUAAAAUAAUAUUCAAAACUCAGGCUAAAGAACCUGGAACAUAUACUCUCAGGCAGAUGUGCACCUCAGUAGGCCAAGUGCAAUUUGUUCUUCCUCAUAUUUACCCCAUAGUACAGUAUGAUGUCUACUCUCAGGACCCUCAACUAAAAGUGGAACCAUUGACUGACAGCCUUUUAGCUGGUAUUCCUCAAAAAGUCAAAUUUACUGUCACUACUGGCUAUUAUACAAUAAAAAAUGGGGACAGUCUACAGCUUAGUAAUGCAGAUGCUAUGCUUAUUCUGUUCCAUGCAGAAAAUAGAGCAAUAAUCUAUUCUAACACCAGAGAAAAAUCUUCAGAAGCAUCACUCAUGAUUCAGUCCUCAGAGAAGGUCACCAGUGUCAGUUUGCCGAUGGCUCCUGCAUACCACAUGAUUGAGUUUGAAUUGGAGGUUCUUUCUUUACCUUCUGCUCCAACAACUUCAGGGGAAAGUGACAAGCUAGGGAAUAAAGACCCUCAUAGGAAAAAUAAAGAGAAACAGAAAGCUGGUAACUGCAUGGUUACUCUAGACCAAAAAGUGUCUAUUGAUUGUCCAUGGUCAAUUUACUCCACUAUUAUUGCAUUAACAUUCAAUAUACCUUUUAAGGCCACCCAUUCUUUGCUGUCAGCCGGAAAACGGAAAUAUAUUCAAGUUUGUGUCCAGAAUUUGUCAGAACUUGGCUUCCAGCUGUCAGAUAGUAACCUUAUAGAUACUGGUAAUAGCCCAGAGCUGCAACUAGUUCCAUUAAACGCUAAGUGCCAGCAGCACAUCUACAGCAAGCAAUCAGUGUUCUUUGUGUGGGAGCUAAUGUGGACAAAGGAACUUCCACCUUCUAUGCAUUGUCACUUUUCACUUGAUUUUUAUCCAGCUUCUGAAGACCGGUCCAUUUCCUUAAAACCGUAUAGUUAUGAGUUCCAAGUGGAAAAUUUUUUUACAUUAUAUAAUGUGAAAGCUGAGAUAUUCCCUCCUUUAGGAACAGAGUAUUGUAAAACAGGUUCACUCUGUUCUUUGGAGGUGUCCAUCACACGACUUUCUGACCUCUUGGAGGUGGAUAAGGAUGAGGCAUUAACAGAAUCCGAUGACUAUUGUACGACAAAACUUAUGUAUGAAGUUGUUGACAAUAGUAGUAAUUGGGCAGUAUGUGGGAAAAGUUCUGGAGUUAUCUCAAUGCCUGUGACAGCACGAGCAACUCAUAAAGUCCACAUGGAAGUGAUGCCUCUCUUUGCUGGCUAUCUCCCCUUUCCUGAUGUCAGAUUGUUUAAAUACCUCCCUCAUCAUUCUGCUCAUUCCACACAACUUGAUGCUGACAGCUGGAUUGAAAACGAUAAUCUGUCAGUGGACAAGAAUAUGGAUGAUCAAACUGACAACAGUAGUCUAAAGAGCAAAAGCAGCUCCCAUUCAGCAGCCAGUAUGGAACACAAAGGCUUGCCGAUGCCUCGGCUACAACCAUUUCCAUCUGGUCAAGUCUUUAACUCAAGCACUGGCAUGCAGAUCCUGGUAAUCCCUAGCAAGGACGACCACAUUCUGGAAGUCAGUGUUACAUGACGACGCCAUGUGUAUACCAAACAAAUAUUAGAAACUGGAUAUGAAUGCACUUUAAAGGAUCAUAACCUGAUUGUUCUUCAUUGUAAUAUUCUGGCCCUAACUACACUUGUGGUGACGCUACAUUUGCCUACCAUGGAAACAUUUGACAUUUGUACAGAUUUCAAUGUACAAUGCAGCUUGUAUCAAGUAGUUUAUAAUGUUACUUUUAGAAAAUGUUCUAUGUGAUGUGUAUUAUUUAUGUCAUUUACCCAUCUCCCAACGUCCCUGCUGUUGUGUUCCUAUAGUGUCCUCCCAGAUGUCCAACUUUCUUAACUUAUGCUGCUGAUAAAAUAAAAAUGCUUGUAAUUGGGCUAUCUAAAUUGAGCAGCCUUUUAGUCUGCAGAUUCCUUUUUUGUAUGUAAAUCUGUCUUUCAGGUAAACAUAACAAAAUCUUGUAAUCCUUCCUUGUUGGUUUGUGUGUGCCUUUUUGGUCACACAGCUGCCCAAUUUCUGGACCAAGGUAGUUUCCUAAAUCACCUAAGGAGAAAAUUAUAUUUUACCCCAUAGCAUCUCUGUGACCUUUUCUAAAAAACCGUUGAAGAGUGGGGGAAUUAGAGGGGGGGGUAGGGGAAUAACUUAACCCCUUUUGUGCCUUGGGGAUGUCUGAAUUACAAGGAUAUUUAAGGUCUACUUUAUCAGGUUUUUGAGCCAUUUUAAAAGACCUCUUAAAAAGGUAGGCCUGGUCUUGAAAAAUAAAUUGGCAUUUAACUGAUUUAGUUAUGAAUAAAUGUUUCUGAAACCUUUUUUCCACCCAGAAUGUUGAUGAAGAUUCAGAUCUUGGUUUUAGGUAUAUAUUUGUUAUAUUUAAUUGUCACAAUUUGUGCUCUUUGGGAUUAUUUUGAUUUGUGUUGUUUCUUCCCAACUCUUAACCUCAAUUAAAAUGUUUACUUUACUUUUAAUUGUGGAGUAUUUAACCAUUUUUUCACAUUGUAAGUGUAGAAAUUAAGAAGUUUAAUUAACAGUGGAGGUUAUUACAGAGACUUAGUGAGUUUUUUAUUUGGUUAUGGGGAAAAAUUAAGAUCCUGGAAGUAGACUUCUGAUCAAGCAAUCUACAGUCAUACCAUACCAACUGAUUAUUUCAUUCUCAUUUGUAAAUUUGCUUGUAUAUAUGGUUGAUUAUUAUUUUGAAAGGGAAAAAGUCCAAACUAACUGAAAUAAUAUUUAAGUUACACCAAAAAUCAAGAACAAAGUAAGUGUGUGUUAAUUUUUAUUGGUAUCAAAGGUCAGAGCUUGUAAAUAAGUGCUAUAUGUUUUAAACUUUUUCCAGCUCUCAAAAACUAUGUAUUUUUGUACAUAUUAAGUACUCUCAAAUUCACUGGGAAUGCUUUUGGUUGGGAUUUUAUUUUAAAAAUCCAUGCAAAUUGAUAGUUAAAGCAGAUGGUGGGGCCUCUUCUGAAUAACCUCAAAGGUAUGAGCCUUAAAAAGAGGAGAAAAAGAAUCCUCAUAGCUGCAGCUGUUCCAGCAGGUUGUUAGAUACCUGACAAAAGCUGAUUAGUAUUCUUCAAUGUAGGGAAGCACAGAAAAAAUAAUUAUAAAAUAUCAUCUUCGUUUUCAGUAUUCUGUAUGUUGUGUUUAAGUCAUUCAAAGAAAUAAAGGUGUGAUUUUUUUUCCUGUU